UGCCGUUGAAACCGCGAAAAAUUCCUCCUUUCUCUCUCAAACGUCUUUGUUUUACAAAACGGCUUCGAUUUACUUUUGUGUUUGUUUGUUUCUUCCCCUUUCCCUCUUCUCUGUUCUCAUUCACCGACCCUUAUUGCUAUCUGGGUCGGCAAUGUUUUUCAAUUAGUGUUUCUGCGUUGUUUCUUCUUCAUUUUUGCUUUCUCUCGAAGCUCGCUCGCUCUACCAUCCCGAGAUGGAUCUCAGAGAAAGAUUGGUACGUCUUGUUGUGGGCUUGUUCGUUGUUGUGCAACUUUGUUGCCACGCCAAUGCGAAUAUGGUGUUCCCCGUUGUGCGCAAAUUCAAAGAUCCCGCUGAAAACCUCGCUGCUAUCAAAGCUCAUGAUGCUGGUCGCCGAGGCAGAUUUCUCUCGGUCGUUGAUCUCGCUCUCGGUGGCAAUGGCCGUCCUACUUCAACUGGGCUGUAUUAUACCAAAAUUGGGCUUGGCCCAAAUGACUACUAUGUGCAAGUUGAUACAGGAAGUGACACUCUGUGGGUGAAUUGUGUUGGCUGCACAACAUGUCCCAAGAAAAGUGGUCUUGGGAUGGAGUUGACCCUCUAUGACCCUAACUCAUCAAAAACUUCAAAGGUGGUUCCUUGUGACGAUGAAUUUUGCACUUCCACAUAUGAUGGUCCAAUUUCUGGAUGCAAAAAAGACAUGUCCUGCCCGUACAGCAUAACUUAUGGAGAUGGAAGUACGACCUCUGGGUCCUAUAUUAAGGAUGAUCUUACAUUUGACCGAGUUGUUGGUGAUCUCCGUACUGUACCUGAUAAUACCAGUGUGAUUUUUGGGUGUGGUUCUAAACAAUCUGGGACAUUGAGUUCAACCACUGAUACAUCCCUUGAUGGAAUAAUUGGUUUUGGACAAGCAAAUUCUUCUGUGCUUUCACAGCUUGCUGCAGCUGGAAAGGUGAAAAGGGUAUUUUCGCACUGCCUUGACACCGUUAAUGGAGGAGGAAUAUUUGCCAUAGGGGAAGUGGUGCAGCCAAAAGUUAAGACAACUCCAUUGGUACCAAGAAUGGCACACUACAAUGUGGUUUUGAAGGACAUAGAGGUUGCUGGGGACCCUAUACAGCUCCCCACGGAUAUAUUUGAUUCUACAAGUGGGAGGGGAACAAUAAUAGAUAGUGGUACAACCUUGGCUUAUCUUCCAGUCUCAAUUUAUGACCAGCUAUUGGAGAAGACUUUGGCUCAGAGGAGUGGAAUGGAAUUAUAUCUUGUUGAGGAUCAGUUUACUUGUUUCCAUUAUUCCGAUGAAAAAAGUCUUGAUGAUGCAUUUCCAACUGUCAAGUUUACCUUUGAGGAGGGGCUUACUCUGACAGCUUAUCCUCACGAUUACCUAUUCCCGUUUAAAGUAAAAAAGGCUGACAGCAGUCAAAUCACAGGCACAAAAAAGGAAGACAUGUGGUGUAUUGGCUGGCAAAAAAGUACGGCACAAACUAAGGAUGGAAAGGACCUAAUUCUUCUCGGAGAUUUGGUGCUGACAAACAAAUUAUUCAUAUAUGAUCUUGACAAUAUGAGCAUUGGAUGGACUGAUUACAAUUGCUCUUCCAGCAUCAAACUGAAGGAUAACAAGACUGGAACUGUAUAUACAAGGGGCGCACAGGAUCUUUCUUCAGCUUCUACUGUGCUAAUUGGAAAAAUAUUAACGUUCUUUGUGUUGCUUAUUACCAUGCUAAGCACUUAACUGAAUGAUAUUAUUGUAUCGAGAGAUGGCAUUUAAUUUAUUUUGUUGUAACAUAAUUCCUUGAAUGGUGAGCUUGAUGCGAAUAAAUUAAUUAUUUAUCGUCGUGUUA